AUCAGAGAAAGGCAGAGAGGGCAGAAAGAAUAAAUGAGUAGAUGAGCAACAUGAGGGCUGAGGUCUUGAUGUGGUGAGAAAGAGAGAGAGAAAGAGAGAGAGAGAAAGAGAGGGAGAGAGGGGGGCAAGGCAACAGUGAAGACCUGUCAGGGGAAAACAGUAGAGAAAAUAACAGAACAACUCACAGAUAAGAUUGUGACGACAUAGCUGAUGGACAUUGAGCAGAGACUCCCAAGGGAGUUGGAGAGAAAUGAAUUUUAUUCAUACCUCUUGACCGAAGGACAAACCAUGACAUGGGACCUGGUCUAGUUUCACACAGCCGAUGUGAUGUUUUUUCUGCUACUCUCCGGGGAGCUACCUUGUCACUGAGGUUGACAAAAUGAGGCUGGCAGAGUUCCUUCAGCUCACCUGUAUUCUGACUGUGGUAACAAGCGGUGUUUGUGAUGAAUACCCUUGCCCCAAAUGGGCACAUGUCCACCUGGCCAGUCUACGAUGUUAUUGGAUGUCAACUUUGCCAUCUUCAUGGCUGAAGGCACAGGAGGUUUGCCAGCGGACAAGUGGAGGUGAUCUAGCCAGGGUCAACAGCACUGAAGACCAGUUCUUUAUCCUCUCCUCAUUCCCCUUGGGAGCCGGUGUGUGGAUCUGGGUGAAAGAUGAAAGAAGCAGAGAUGCAGCCGGGACACAGAGCUACCAGCAGUGGGAGAAAGGCAGAGGAAGCCAGAGGCUCUGUGCUCAGAUGGCCCUGGGGUCAGCUGAGCAGUGGAGGAAUGCUACAUGUAGCAAGGAACACCGCUUCCUGUGUGAGAAAGAGGUGCCAGUUUCACUGCCCUCCGUGGAUGCCUUCCUGACAGGAGUCCCACUGAUGACCAGGGUGUAUUCCCUGACCCACGUCCCAGCCCUGUCUGCUCCCCCAGAUGUGGGGCAGCGGAGAGUGAAGAUGAUGUUGUUCCCAGGCCUCUGGUUCAGCCAUGCUGGGCAGGUGUUGUCCGUGCAGCUGGUGGUGAAGCCCAGUGAUCAGCGCACCCAGGCCAGAGUGCAGAUCCUACGGCCCUACUGCAGCCCCAACCUGCACCUUGUACCCCCUGGCUGCAGCUCCCUCCGCAAUCCCUUCAGCUGCUGCUCCCUGGUGCCCCUGUGUAACACCACCGGUGGGUGUGCCUUGGGGCAGUACUGGUGCCACCUGCUGGAGACCUGUCUGCCCGUGACCAGCCCCUGCAGCCCAUACGACUCCUCGGCCGGAGGUCCCACCUACCCUCUGCCACCCCGCUAUCCUGCUGUGGUGCCCUUCUACCACCUGGUGGCUGACAUACCCCUCAGUUUGCUUCCAAGCUCUGAACCUGCACACAUCAACGUGGUGCUGCCAGAAAAGGAGAUCAGUGUAUAUCCGGAUGAUAUCCUGGCAGUGCAGCACACGGGGCCAGUGGGAAGCUUCUUACAGUGUUCCAGCAGCUCUAGGUCGCCAUGGCAGCAGAGUUAUCUGUCCCUGCAGGGGCCAGAGUGGGGUGGCUGGUGGGAGGGGGGACUGUCUUCUGUCCCGGCUGAGGAGCAGUGGUUUGACGGGGUGCUGUGUGACCUGCGGGUGCUCUAUGCAGACACCCAGCAUGGUUACGCUGUCUCCCCGAUGCUGAGUACAGAACAGAAUGACCCCAGCGGCUACACCUAUACGGGGACGACCAGUACCCCAGUGAGGACCACCCAAGCCAGAAAUGCAUUGCAAGCGGAAAGUCCUGUUUUGGGUCUCUCCAUUGUACAUCCUGCAUUGAGCAAGGAGGGAGAGAUACACCUCCCUGUCAACAUCCCCACACUGAUAGUUAUCAAAAUACUGUCGGGGUCCAACGCCACCAGCACAUGGUCAGCCCCCGUUUCCCAAACCGGGAUCCCUUUUGAAUCCUCCUGCCCCCCCGUGCUGUCAGUGUCCCACCGUGGCUGUGAGAGGGACACUGAAGACACGCGGUUCUCUCAAGCUUCGGUGGUGCUGUCCACCCCGGGGUCCCACAUCCUCAACAUCAGUGUACUGAACCAUGUCAGCUCUCAGAGUGUGUCGAUAAAGCUGCAGGCUCACUGGCCAGUGGCAGGACUCAGAAUGCAGCCACACGGAGACCAGAGGAUGCUAGUGGAUGUUCCCCAGGUGUUCCAGGCAUUCGUAGACAGUGGCUCCUCAGUGAAAUACACCUGGGUCAUUGACAACCUGGUCCAAUUUGCGUAUGAAGGGCCAACAUACAGUGUGGUCUUCAAGAAGCCAGCAGAAUACAAACUAAGUGUGACAGCGGAGAACCCUGUGAGCUCUCAGUCUCUGGUGGUGAGGCUAACUGUGGAAAUGAUGAGUCCCCUGGCCGAUCCCACCUUCCACUCAAUAAAGGAGGUCAUUGCUGUCAACACUCAGCAGCUUUUCACUUUCAGAGUCAAGGUGGACAUCUCCAUCGGGAUCACAGUCUGGUGGGAUUUUGGUGAUAACAGCCCAGGGGCCAACCACUCCUUUCCUCCCCCAUCUGAGUCUCAAGGUUCCCAGCUGGAGCAUGGAGUGAGGCAGAUCUUUUUGCAGGACUCCAUCAGCCACACCUACAAACAGCCAGAUGACUACAUGUUGAGAGUCCAAGUCUUCAACAAAUAUGACAGGUUGGAGAAAACUGUGCUGCUGAAAGUGCGGAGUCCAUUGGCCAGGCUGCACAUCUCUCCCUCUCUUCCUGUCCCACUCGUCAAUCAAACAUUUGACUUGGAAGCCCUUCCAUGGCCAUCGCCAUAUGGAAUAUUGUACAAAUGGAACUUUGGAGACAAUUCCAAGGAAGUUAAAGGAUUUGAUCGCAAAGUCAGCCACAUUCCCAGAUCAGCAGGUGUCUACAAUGUGACAGUCAGUGCCAACAACACACUGUCGGCUCUGACUGCGUGGAUGCUCGUGGAAAUCGUGGAAAAGAUUUCUGGUGUCCAGCUGAGCUACAAUGGACCAUGUGAAUUAGGUUCCACCACUGCAAUCAAAGGUGUUGUGUCUUCUGGAACCAGUCUCCACUGGAAUUUUGACAUGGGUGAUGAGUCUGUGUUUACAAACCUCUCUGAUGGCUUUGUUUCUUAUACCUACAAGUCCCCUGGUAAUUACUCUGUGAGAGUAACUGUGGUAAACCCAGUGAGUCAAGCUGUCCAGCAUUUGAGAGUGGAAGUCUAUAAGUUGAUUGUUCUUGGGAUUCUGCCUUCUGGCUGCUUAAAAAGUGGAGAGGAGGUUUAUCUCAGAACACUUGUGACUGGUGUGAUUCCCCUGUUGACAUUCCAUUGGAGUUUUGGGGAUGGGACUCCUGCAUCUGUUUUCAAGGGAAAUUCCCAAGUUGGGCACAUUUACUCAAGCCCAGGGCAAUAUAAAAUAAAUGUCACAGUUUUCAGUUCUGUGGGAUCAACUUUUUAUUUAUCUUCCAUUUGCAUCGAGGCCUCCAUAACUGCCUUAACUUUGGAGUCUACAGUUGAAGCUGUAGCAGUGGGUAAGGAAAUCUGCUUCAAUGUGUCAGUUUACCCAAAACUGAUCCAGCCCCACAAUGUCCAGUUUCUGUGGUACAACAGCUCCCACGACACCUCCCCAGCCAUAGGACCUUCUUAUUUCUGCUUUGUGUUUGAAGAGGUGGGGACUCACCAAAUUUCAGUGCUGGCAAGUAACAAUGUCAGCAACAAGAUGGCAAAUGCUGCUAUUUCUGUCCAGGAGCCUGUGAAAGAACUGACUGUGAAGUAUGAAGGUCACAACAGUGCAUUGAUCAUCAACCGUGCUUAUUCUUUUUGGGUGGAAACAUGCUCUGGAACCAACGCAACUGUUCACUGGGAUUUUGGAGAUGGAUCCCCCAUAGAUGAUGGCUCGUAUCUUUCUCAUGUAUUCACAUCUGCCGGGAGGUAUAAAGUCUCUGCCACAGCUGUGAAUGCUGUGAGCCAAGACUCUGUAACUAUGGAGGUGGUUGUACUGGUCUCUGUGUCAGGCCUCACACUGAAACCCCAGAAGCCGGUUUCUGCGGCAGGUGAAGAGACAGUGGUAAUAGCAUUCACAAAUGACAUGAGAAAUGUUAGCUUCUAUUGGUCAGUAGACCCUUCCAUCCCACUCCAACCAGGAACAUCUAUCUUCCGAUAUGUAUUUCUCAAAGCAGGCAUAUACCAGAUUCAUGCAAUUGCACAGAAUGCUGUUAGCAAACAGGAGGUGACCACCACAGUUAAAGUCUUAGAAAGAAUACAAGGGUUACACAUUAUAAGUGAAAGCAUUUCUUCCACAGGGUAUAUACCAAUAAGGGAAAAUGUCAGUUUGACUGCUUCAGUGAUUAGUGGCUCCAACUUGACCUACCAGUGGCUGGUUCUUCAAAAUGGAACAAAUAAGACUGUAUGUGAGGAAGAACAUUUCCAACUGUUUGCAGACAAGCCAGGGGAUGUUUUGGUGGGGAUCAUAGUGUCUAAUGCUCUUGGAAGAAUGGACAACAGUGUUUUGCUCAGGGCAGUGGAACCUGUAUCAGGAGUCACAGUGUAUACCUUGAGGGACACUGUACCAAUAGGUAAGCCUGUGAAGAUUUCAGUCAGUGUGGAAACUGGAACCGAUCUCCAGUAUCUCUGGUAUGUAGGUUCCAGCCUGCCCCCUUCUUCAUCAGAUGUACCCAUGCUUGUUCAUGUGUUUAGAGACUUGGGACAUUUUGUUGUCCGAGUGUUGGUCAGAAACGUGCUUGGCUCCACUGAAGCUACCAAAGAACUGACAGUCCAAGAAGAAGUACAAGAGGUAAACUUCCAGAUCAACAGCAAGACAAAUCCUUUCAUAGUCUCAUCCAGCUUCACGUUGCUAUUAUCAGGGUCAGUUGAAAAAGGAAAUGAUCUGAGUUGGGAGUGGAAAUUUUCCAUGAAGAAUGGUAAAUCUGGAAUUUUAGGCAAACAACAGUCAAUUAUAUACUCAUUUCUGGAUGCAGGGGUUUAUCAACUCUCUCUAAAUGCUUCAAAUGAUAUUAGCUGGCAAACAGUUUCUCACAGUGUUACUGUCCAGGAUGUUAUACAAGGCCUUACUUUGAAUGUGAGCAGCUUUACUGUCUGUGCCAAUGACCCCAUUGUUUUCACACCAAAAAUCUUAAAAGGAAGUAAUGUCAAUUUUUCUCUUGAGUUUAGUGAUUCCAAAUUACUUGCAGACCUGAUCCAAAGCAAUUUUACAACCUCUGACUUUUCGGUGGGAAACCACACAGUCACAGCAAGAGCCUGGAAUCAAGUUGGCACCUCCUCUGUGGCUCUGACUGUACAAGUGGUGGAGAAGGUACUGGGGCUACGACUAGUCAAUUGCUGUUCUCUUAUUCUGGAAUCCAUGAAGAAAGUUACCUUCCAAGCAAAGGUCCUGAGUGGAUCUCCUGUUAUAUUCUACUGGAAUUUCCAUUUAAUGGGACUACAACCCUCACGGGCAAUUGGACAAAAUGUCUCCUACACCCCUCUCAGAAAUGGCUCACUGACUGUAAGUGUGGAGGCAAGCAAUGGUUUCUGCUCACAAUCCUUGAGCGAGACUGCAAGUGUACAGUGGCCAGUCCAACAAGUGAGGCUUGUCUCCGAUUCAACACAAAUUUUCAUUGACUACUCAAUUGUCUUUUCAGCGAUCACAGACAGUGGCAGCAACCUAAAAUUCAAGUGGGAAUUUGGGGACUCCAUAAAGGGAGCAUUAAUCACUGAAUCACAUUCUGUGAGUCACCAGUAUCAUAUUCCUGGCAAGUACAUUGUGCAGGUAACUGCUUUCAACAGCAUCAGUAAGACCUUGGCACAAUUGCCUAUUGAAGUCCGAACACUAGAGUGUACCCUCCCCAAAAUUUCCCUGGUCCAGAAUCAAGCAGUUGUCCUGCGGUCAAGACCAAGUUACUUUGAGGCCAGAGUGGAUCUCCAAGGUUGCACUGUGCACAAGGCGAUCUACCUGUGGGAGGUGCGCCAAGCUCCAGGAUGUAGUGAAGAUGACAGAUUACGCCUGGAUAAUGUGGCUGGUGAAACCACGCCAUUUCUCAUGCUUCCCCGCCACAUCCUGGCCGUGGGUUCUUACUGCUUAAAGUUCACUGCUGGUCUUGAGGGUACACCACUAUUUCAGCACCAAAGCAUGAAUGUCACAGUGGUCCACAGCCAGCUGGUUCCUAUUAUAAAGGGAGGGUCUCACAGGCUCUGGUCAAGUCACAAUGACCUACUAUUGGAUGGUACUCUAUCACAUGACCCUGAUGAUGGGGUCCAGGAACACGAGCCCCUGCAGUACCAUUGGGAUUAUGCUAUUGAGAACUCAAAUAUGACCUUGCCGCUCAGUCCUCCUGCUCUAAGAAAUGGAAGCGUACUCAUUCUACCCCACAGGACACUGCAUCCUGGCAGUGUUUACCUCUUCACUCUCACUGUUCAGAAAGCAGGGAGAUCACCUGUCUCCUCAACUCAGUCUGUAACAGUGGAAAAGAAGCAGGUGCUGCCGGUUACUGUGGACUGUGUGACCUGCAGCUCAUUUCUUCCCUUCCAUCACAGCCACAGUCGGCCUCUUGCCCUCUCUGGUCUCUGCCUCUCCCGUAAUGGAAACACACAGUACAAGUGGUCAGCAGAGAGCUCAAAUAAUGAGGUCCUGGAGCUGAAUGAAAUAACAACCUCUACAGGAGCCAGCUCUCCAGAUCUAGUAGUGAGACCAGGUGUGCUGAUGGAUGGACUAAACUACACCUUCACCCUUAACAUAUCUCAGCCUGUCCUGGAGCUCUGGGGGACUGCCAGUGUAACCUUACAGCCUCACCAUCCACCACGUGGAGGUGUAUGCACACUGGCCCCUGAUUCAGGCAUUCAUCUUCUGGAGACUGUGGUGACUUACAACUGCUCAGGUUGGGUGGAUGGAGAUGGGGAGCCUGCUCAGCUCAGGUACACCUUACAGGUGGAGGCAUGUCCAGAUGCUAGCCAGCCAUGUCGCCUCCUCACCCUGUACAGGGGCACCCAGCACUCCUUUGGGACCCUGGUUCCUCUGGGUUCCCCUGGUCUGGAAGGCAACCUGUCUGUCAUCACAGCACUGGUUCUGGUGGAGGAUGGCCUGGGGGCUACUGUGACUGCACUGAACAGAACUUUGACAGUGCAGCUACCUGAGGUCCAGGGACUCACGGGCUGGCUGAAGAACAAGAGCCAAUCAGAACUGUGGCCUCUGGUGCAACGGGGAAUCCCCCAGGAAGUCAUUCCCUAUUCCAUCGCGCUUACCAGCCACCUCAACCGGCUGGACAGUGUGAGUGAGGAGGAUCUACAGGACAGGAUGGUGAUCCGGGAGAACUUGACGCGGGCCCUGGCCUCUCUCCCUGUCUCCUCGCUACAGGAAGCAGCACAGAUCAGCUCUGCUCUGGCACAGUGCACGGCCGUCCCCAGGGAGCUGGCAUGUACAGGAUGUCAGGACACAGUUCUGAAGGCCCUGGGGAAGAUGAUUUCUGUGAUCGCGGAGCAGACUGAACCUGGUGAUGUCACUUCCUUAGAUACGGGCAGAAAUAUUCUGCAAAUACUGGGCAGCUCCAUGGCUGUGGCUGCAGACCCCAUGACAACAUCCGGGCCAAAAAGUCAUCGUGGGUACCUGGGCAGCUCAGAGGCUGCAGUGUCUGCGUAUGGCCAGGCGGGGGAGCUGAUGCGGGCGCUGAUGCGGUCUCGCCUGCGCGGCGAGGAGGCGCUGACUCUGACGGCUCCGCGGAUCACAGCGGUGGGGCGGCGCAGCGACCCGGCGGACCUGCUGUGCACGGAGCGCUCAGGCCCCUGCCAGUUCUACAUCCCCCGCGGCCUGAGCGCCCAGCUGCGCCAGGAGAGGGAGGAGCUGGUGCAGAUCCUCCUGGGCAUUGACGGCGACAGCCCCCUCGUCCCGCCGGCGCACCCGCCCAUCUCCACCGCGCUGGCCGCCAUGGAGUUCGCCACUCCGCAGGGCCGGCCCGUCCCCGUCGCCGACCUCCCCCCCGACCGUGCCAUCCGGGUUCUGCUGCCGAGCCGCUUCCCCUCGGAGACGGGCGCAGCCUGCAACCUAACCCUGCCGGCCCGCGGAUCCAUCAACUUCACUGUGGGAGAUGUGCGCACUGACCCCCACGCAGGGCUCUUCCUCACCUUCAGCUUCAGUCUGCUUCCAGGAACUGGCCGAGAGAGCAGUGGCCAGGUGAUUAUCAUGGUGGACAGCCAGCCAGCCCCCUCCCUAUCCCAGCAUGCCCUCAUACGGGAGCUGAACCUCUCGCUCUCUGCUGAGUCUCCUGCAGUGGAGGACACAGUCUUCCUCACACCUCUGCAGAACAGCUCAGGACAGGAGCUGCAUGUGAAUGUGAGCAGUGUCCUGCAUGGUGGCACGGUGCAUGCGUCGGUGUGCGUGUUCAGCUCCCUGUGCCGCUACUUCAACCUGGAGCAGCGCCGCUGGAGCAGCCAGGGCCUCAGCCCUCUGGGGGGCAGCAGCCCCCGCGCGGCUCACUGCCUCACACAGCACCUCACCCUGUUCGGGGCCAGCCUGUUCGUGCACCCCGACGCCCUCGUACUUCUCCCCCCGCCGGAGGGACCUGUGAGGAACGUGGUGGCGGGAAUCGUGUGCGCCGUACUGCUGCUGAUACAUCUGCUCAUUGCCCUCAUCUCACACAAGCUUGACCACCUGGACAGCAUCCGCUCUGGCCUCGUGCCGCUCUGCGGGCAGUCGGGUCGCUACCAGUACCAGGUCCUGGUCAAGACUGGCUGGGCCAGGGGAUCUGGCACCACAGCUCACGUGGGAAUCAGUCUGUACGGCCUGAACAAGAGUGGGUCACGGCACCUGCAGCGCGAGGGGGCCUUCCAGAGGAACGCCCUGGACCACUUCCAGGUGGAGACCGAUGCCAACCUGGGGGAGAUCUGGAAGAUCCGCAUCUGGCACGACAACACAGGUCUGGACCCUGCCUGGUUUCUGCAGCAUGUGGUGGUGUGGGACAGACAGACAGACAACAUGUAUUUCUUCUUGGUGGAGGACUGGCUUUCUGUGGAGAAUGAGAAAAAUGAUGGGAUGGUAGAGAAGGAGGUGCUGGCUUCCUGCCCCCAGGAUCUGCAGCAGUUCAGUCGGGUCCUCAGAUCCCAGCUGGUGUUUGGCAUGUUUGAGCGCCACCUAUGGGUGUCGGUGUGGGAGCGCCCCUCUCACAACAACUUCACCCGGGCUCAGAGAGUCACCUGCUGUGCCCUUCUUCUGCACCUGUACCUGGCAGUUGGGGCAGUGUGGUAUGGUGCAGCUGGGAGCAAAGGAACCAGUGGCCCUGUAUCAGUCCUGCUCCUGCUGAAUGCAGAGACUGUUGCCGUGGGGAUGACUGUGGCUGUCCUGGUGCUUCCCCUCCACCUGCUGUUCUGUUUCCUGUUCCGAAUGACAGCAAGCAGCAAGGUGACAGUGGAUGAAUCAUCACCGCCAUCCCCAGUGUCGCAGACAGUAGAGAUGGACGUUUACCUGAGCCACUCUGAACAAGCCAGCUCCUACUUCCUGUCCUUGCCUGGGGGACUGGACUCUAUCCUGGAUGGAGUAUCUCACUCUUCAGAGUCUAUCGGAAGCAAGCAAAUAGAUUCAGCACUUUGGAAUGCCUCUAAACUGGGUGCUGAGAGAGUGGAUCAAUGGGCCUCAUGUGACAGCAUCUUUGACCUCCCGGAGCUGCAGGGGGUGGCGCCCCUGGGCCACGCCCGGCUGCUGAAGAGGAAGAAGGCUCUGCUUCAGCUGCGUCUGGGCUCCCCGGCCUGCUCCCUGGACCAGCCCCACUCCCUCUCGACCCCUGACCUCGUCCAGUCUAAUGGCCUCCAGCACAACCCCCUGACGCUCUCUGAGGAAGACCUGAUCCAGUCCAUUGCCACAGGCGCAGCAGUGGCCAGCAGCUCCUCCUCAGGCAGGGUGACCUCUGACAGUGGCCGCUAUUCCCCCUGUGACACCGCCACGUCCAACAGCCAGGAGAGCUCCUGCAGCGGAUGGUCUGAGCUGAGUCAGGAGGAGCCCCCGUACAGGACUGGACUCUACAAGUCACCCUCCUCCUUGUCAGUGUUCACCGCUGCCAGUACCUUCCUACCCAGCCCCUCCCCGGACAUCCUGGGAACCUCCUCCACCACACGAAUAGGUGUAGCUCGCAGCACCCCUGGCUGGCUUCUCCCCUCUUGGGUCCUGGGUGUGACCUACCUGCUGGCCGGGGUGCUCCUGGCAGCGAGCGUGGCCCUGGUGGGUCUCUACGGAAGCAGCUUCUCCAGCUCUGUGCUGCUCAUGUGGCUCAUAUCGGCUGUCUCAGCCUUCCUGACCUCCGCCCUGCUUCUGGAACCUCUCAAGGUGUGCCUCCAGGCACUGUUCUUGGCUGUAGUGGUGAGGCCAGUGGACCCGGAGGUGCAGGAGCGGCUGGGGCAGGAGGCUGCGGUGAGGAGGGGGGCCGGAGAGCUGGGGGGCAAAGUGCGACCCCCGUGCGGGUACGGCCUGCUGCACGCCAAGGAGGAGGCGAGGAAGGUCCGCGCCCUGAGGUCGCUCAUGAAGAGCUGUUUGGUGCACAUGCUGUUCCUGCUGGUGGUUCUGCUGGUGAAUUACCAGGACAGCACCCAGGCUAUGCAUGGCAGGCUGCUGCACUCUGCUAUCAAACGCUCUCUGCUUACAGCUCCUCCCGGGGUGCUGAACCUCAGCUCUCUGACACAGUGGGCUGAGGCCUGGCAGUGGAUGGACAGUACCCUUGUACCCUACCUCUAUCAGAGCCCCUCCCUCCACUUGUUGGGGUUGCCACGGAUACAGAGAGUACAGUCACAGGAUGGCUGUGGUGGCAAUGUGACGGAUAGCCUGGGAUUUGGGAGUGCCUUGUUUGCGCCAGUUGUCCCCGCUUCCUCACACGCGCCAUCUGGGGAACAGAGAGACUUGGCACACAGCAGCUGCUCCGGACGCCUCCUCUCCUGGCUGUGGCAGCGACCCCAGCACGGGGGGGCCAGUCUGGGGCCAGACACGGUGCGUCUGGGGAACAGCAGUGAGCUCACCCGCCAGCUCCUCUCUGGCCUGCGGAACACACGCUGGAUCGAUGCGACGACAAAGGCAGUGUACGUGGACUUCACGCAGUACCACAGAGAAACGGCCCUCUUCGUUGCCGUUACUGUCAUGCUGGAGCCGUCACAUGCUGACAAAGUACUCACCACCGUCUCCAUAGAGCCUUUCCAUAUGUCACCAUCUCACUCUGCCCCUGACUUACAAAUCGCCAUGAUGGUGCUGCUGCUGGUGUUUGCCCUGUCCUUCCUGGGCAGUGAGCUGUGGGCAGUGGUGACAGAGCAUGGUCGGGGUCUGCGUUAUGGCCGCCAAUGUCUCCAGCUUCUCGUGUCUGUGCUUUCAUUGGCCACCGCGGUGCUGCGGAUUUCCUUCCUCUAUAAGUCUGCCUCCUGCCUCUCUCAUCAUGGCUCCCAACCACAGACCUUCACCAACUUCCACAGCGCCGCCCUGUUGGCUCGGAUGUCCUCUCAGCUCUCAGCUCUCUUGCUCACCUUGCUGGUCCUUAAGAUGGUGGGCGUGCUGCGGUUUGUGCGCCGCUGGGUGGUGUUUGGCCGGGUCCUGCUGCAGGCCUGGAGGGAGCUGUGUGGCGUUGUCCUCAUGCUGGUGCUAAUGCUGCUAGUCUUCUCUCACACCGGCAGCCUGCUUUUCUCCAGCUCGGUGGAGGGAUUCAGGACUGUGGGACAGGCGAGUCUUACCCUGGCGUCUGCGCUACGUGGGCGGGCAGUCACCCAAAGGCUGUGUGAGAGACACCCAAUGCUGGGGCCCCUGUACUGCCUGUCUGUGGUGGGCGCGGGGCUCUGGGUGCUGGGCCGGCUGUGCGGGGCCAUGUUAAUGCGUUCGUACAGGGCCGCGCAGGCCGAGAUGUACCGCCCAGCCAUGGAGCCUCAGGACUAUGAGAUGGUGGAGUUCUUUAUCAAGAGGCUCAAGCUGUGGAUGGGACUCAGCAAAACCAAGGAGUUCAGGCACAAAGUGAAGUUUGAGGGGAUGGUGUCACCACCCUCCAGAUCCUCCCUGGGGUCCCAGCUCUCCAGCCUUUCAGUCCACAGUCCAGUUGGGCCACGGUUGGCCUCUGCCCAGUCCCUGGGCUCUGAGGACUCCAGCCUAUCAGAGAGCUACGAUGUCCAGCUCUACCUGGACCGGCUGCUUCCCACCGUCAACAACAUGCUGUCCCAGUUUGACCGGGUCAAUCAGCUGACCGAUGACCUGCACUGCAUUGAGCUGAAGCUACAGGGGGCCCAGAGCAGGAUCGCCCAGAAACAGAAGCAACAGGACAACACGCGCAGGAAAGCUUGGAGGAUAUCAGCUUCGACGCCCCCUCCUCGUGCCUCCCCUCCCUCUUCUCCUCUUCCUCCUCCUUCUCCUCCUCAUCAGCUUCCCUCUCUUCCAUCCUUCCUUUCCUGCAACCCGACUAUCCCUUGCACGCGCACCAUCUUCUCUGAGUCCACGCUGCCCUGGCACAGCCCACACCUGCGCAAGGCAGCACACCCUGCCGUGGCAGACGCCAGCGUGCCAGUGCGCAGGGUCUCCGGUGCGGAUGCUGUCAGUAGGCGAAUCCCAGGACGCAGGGCCUGGCAUUCAGGCUCCUCCCAUUCUGCCGAUGCUGCCCAGAGGUCACCCCAGGCAGCAUGCGGCUCCAUCCGUGCCCGACCCUGGAGCGAGGAGGGGGGCAGGAGUAUGGCUUGCGACCGGGCACCAGUGAAGAGGAGAGCAUGGCAUCCUGAGGAGCCUGAGAUUGUGGGUUCCACCCCCGGCAGUACUGCCAGCCAGUGCUGUGAUUUCUAGGGGGCAACUGUGCAUCUGUGUGGUAGAUACUUCUCAGCCCUGGCGGUUUUGGUAUAAGUAGAAAACUUAGUAGAAAAAAGUGUCAGUACAAGGGGGUUCAGCGCCUUCAAUGUGAGCAACCCCUGCUAUCCAAAAAGCAAGGAGAACAAGAAUAAAACAUUUUUCAGUACUACAGACAGAGACUGAGUGGCUUCUUGGCUGGGAACAGUGAAUGAUUGUGUUUUCUUUAUGCAAUGACAUGACUGGUAUGGAUGUUAGCACUGUCUAACUGGCCUUAUGACAUAUGACACUGGCUGCCCAAUUCUGUUUCUGCAGAUCUAUUGUCCUAUGGCUUUUCAUUUCAGCCCUAAUUUGGCACAACUGAUUGCACUAAUUAGCAGCUCGACGAGAUAUCGAGCUGUCGAAUGAGGUGUGAUUUGUUAGGGUUGUGGUGAUGGUAGAUCUCAAGAAACAGGGUUGGGCAGCUUGUCUAUAAAGUGUGGUUGGUGAUGACCAUUUAAGGUUCAAGUUUCCUGAGUGAGCAAUCACAGGUCAUCUGGAUUGUGUUUCAAAGAGGAAUUCCAAUUCAUAAUCUCUGGGGAGGAAUGAAAACCAUAACUUUGUUUUGCCAAUGUUUAAGUUUUUAAGAAGUUCAUUACCAUACAAUAAUUAACUGUUGCUAAUCAUGUCAUAAACAACAUUUUCAAGUAGACAUUAGUUAAAAAGCCGGUGAAGAUGAUAGUAUUCCUGACGCGCACACACACCCUGUGUGAGAUAUGCAGAUAUAGUAAUGUUGUAUGUCAGUAACAUAGACUUUAUAAAAUGUGAUGUUCAUUACAAAUGUGUACUCAGUAAAAAGAGGACAUGGCCUCAUUGCUGAAAAUA